AUGUUUUCCUCAAGGGCGGAGAGGAUCAGGCGAGAUCUUAUACAUCGAGCCCAUGCGGAGAGGGGGGAUGUUAUGGAGCGAGGGGAUGUCACCCACGAGCUCCCACAGGCCUCGAAAAGCCGUCCUUCACGAUUGACGGAGGCUCUAUUGAGACCACUGAGACUCUUUCGCCAGCCUGUCAUCGUGGCUGAAGGCAACAGACAGCAUCCAAAUAUUCCCAAAUCGCCACGAACGACCGCACUAGGAAGCAGCACACAGCAAAGGACAGAGUCCAGGGCUACCAGUACCGAGCCUGCAGAGGUUACGGAGCCGUCUCCAGCGUUCGUGGCAGAGGCAAUCAGCUCAAGGCUAAGUUUUGAGAUCCGGCCAGAGCAGCAGAACAGCGAUCAAAAUCAUGGAAGAGGACCGGUCAAAAAGGUGCAGGGAGGCACGCGAAAGCGGCGUUUCCUGUUCUGCCUGCCAUGGAUCAAUUCAGUACGAAUCCGCGUGGUGCUGCUGCAUUGCAUCACAUCAGGACUCUUCGUGCUACUUCUACUGGCAGUCUAUCUGGGGUUAUCAUUGACGCAGCACAUUCAAACAAACGAACUGACGGUUCUCCUUUUGCUCAUCAUUGUCGCCUCUACCAUGUUCUUCUGCUACAACAUGGUUCGACUGUGCAGGGCGGUGUUACGGGGCAACAAGCCGUCCAAUACAGCAAGCAGAGAACGGCGAGCGAGGACGCCGGCGGAUAUGCUUCGGACGGGAUAUGCGGUACCGCGACGGCCGAUUCAGGUGUUGCUGGCACAUGACGAGGGAGCGGAUGGAAGAGAGAACGCAACCAAUACGUUGACGCCACCGGCAUAUGGAUUCUGGCGUGAGAGCGUGCGAAUGGACCCGAAUAGACUUUACUGGCAACGAAACGAGGCGGCCAGAAGACAAGAGCCUGCGCUGGAAACUGAGUCGCAGCUUGAAUUCGCCGCAAGGAGUGGACGAAGACCACCAUCGUACGCGUCUGAAGAUGGUGUAUCAUACGUGGUUGAUGCCAUGACCGUGUCGGCGGCUUCAACGGUCACGGCAAGCCGAGAGCCGGUGGGAAGGUAG